UCGUUUCCAAAUGCGGCUAGAGCGGCGCAGGCUCAGUUAAGGUUUGAUUGAUGGACUGUUGGCGGAAACUAUACGUUUUAAACUUUGUACGAUGGUCGCAAAGGGCUAGUUUUGGAUAUUAGUUUUGCACGCAACGUGAAUUCAGUCGCGACUUCCACCCAUGAAUAUCUCCGUCCUGUGAGAAAGUCCGGAUAGCGAGCGGAAGACGUGGGUUUAGUCCGAGUUGUCAGUUGAGUUGAGCUAAUGUUUCUUAGCCUAGCGUCUCUGAGGUAACUUCAGUAUCAGGUGAGUUGAUUUGCGCGAAUCUGACAUCAGAUCGGCUAGAAUAACUCAACAUCUGCAUCAUCCCCGUGGUGCUGGUUGCAGGUCAGUGUGUGAGGGAUGUUAGGGGGAAACGGGGCUUCCAGAGGGGUUGGACGCUCAGGUAACGGCGCAGGCAUGACUUCUCUACAGGUAGGUAACGUUAGCACAUCUGGGGCUUUAGGGGCGGUGAACUCUGCCUUGAACCUGCCCGAUGGGGGCAGAUAUGAUGACAGGCCGUCGGACCAUCACACAGUGCUGAGCGGAUCCGAUGGAGACUCGGACUCUGGGGAUGAUGAAGAGAUUUCAUUGUCGGACAGGAGGGGAGUGAAGCGGGAGAGGAGUGAGAUGGAGGUCGGGGUCUCCUCUGGAUCUAAUGCUGGAGUAGCUGCUGGAUAUGGGGGGGUUUCCAGCGGGGUGGCUGGAGCAAAACCGGGCAAGAAGACUCGAGGACGGGUGAAGAUUAAGAUGGAGUUUAUAGACAACAAGCUGAGGAGAUACACGACCUUCAGCAAGAGGAAGACUGGCAUUAUGAAGAAGGCAUACGAACUGUCCACCCUAACGGGAACGCAAGUUUUGCUCUUGGUUGCUAGCGAGACAGGCCAUGUCUACACUUUUGCCACGCGAAAGCUUCAGCCCAUGAUCACCAGUGAGACGGGUAAGGCCCUCAUCCAAACAUGCCUGAACUCCCCCGAUUCACCGCCCCGUACGGACCCUUCCACAGACCAGAGGAUGAGUGCCACAGGAUUUGAGGAGACUGACCUCACCUACCAGGUUUCAGAGGCAGAUGCUCUUACAGAUCCAAAGGAAAUGAUAAAGCCCACAUAUACAGCUUCCAGUAUACCUGGAGUCACCAGCAGUACGACCACAUCGGCCUCUUCCUCUCCCAUCUCAUCAUCAGUCGCCAUGCAGACGCAGAGCAGCGCCACCUACUGGCCUUUAGCCACAGGCAUAAAUGCCCAGAACAUGUCCAGUGCGAAUGGCACGGUGCUGAAAGCAACGGGCAGUUCACCCGCUGGGGUCAUGCAGCUGCCAAGUGGAUUCACACUCAUGCCUGGCGCUUCUCUUCCGCCCGGCACACACACCAUUCCCCUCAGUCAGCUGCAGACGCACUCUCUGGCCAUACAGUGUCCGCAGACGCUAAACAGCCACAUCACAGCUAACACCACUGCUGCCGUUGUUCCCGCACACACACAAACCACCCCACAGACCACACUCUUCCGCCUGCCCGCCACUGUCUCGCUUUCAGGUGGCGCAAUGCCUCAACAAUUACAAGCCAUCCAGGUUCAUCCCAGUCCUCAAAGCAGCGAGAGCAGCCUAGAGAUCAGUCAGACGUCUGCCACUUCCUCUGCGAGUCACACGGCUACCAUCGUCACUUCCUCAGUGCCUUCUUCAGUGGCAAGUCACAUGAUGUACCCGGGAGCGCAUGCGGCCGUCAUGUACGCUACAUCCAGCCCUGGACUCACUGACGGGAGUCUUACUCUGCUGAAUACCUUCCAACAACCACACACUGCCAUGCACAUGUCCCACACGCAGGGCCAAGACUCGGGUGCCGUUCAGCAGAUGUUUCUUUCAGGACCUCAAGGAACUGUACAGAUCCCAGUUUCAGCUGUUCCGAUGUUUAUCAACCAGUCAUCGACCGGUAACAAUGCCGCCACCACCCUCACAGAGCUCAGGGUGGUCAAUUUAGACAAUCCCAAAGGAGACUGAACAAGAGGCCGGAGUGACCGCUCGCUUCUGCAGAUUCCUUCAGGGAUCACACAUGCCAUGCAAUCAGACUGCCAUUAUAUUUAUUACUGCCUUCUCGCUACGUCAGGUUUGUAAACCCACGACACGUGAUUGAUGAGGCGUGAUGGGACAUUUGAAGGACGAUUACCUCCUCGCGGAUUUUGGUGUGUGGUUUGAUAAUGGAUCAGAUUUGUUCAUAUGUACACACAGACACGCGCAUCUUCAGGAUUACAGAGACGUCUGGCACUAUCGCCGCUGGUGCUGAAGGAUCACCUUAAGCCCAAAGAUUUGGAAAUGUAGACUUGAUUGAGUCAUUUAAGUUGAAUUCAGUUGAUUAUGUGAAAUUCAGUGGUAUUCAAACUUUUCCUUUGAUAUUUACAUUAUCUGUUUCACUUUUGUGUAUUUUAAAGGGAUAGAUAGUACACCAAAACAUGACAGUUUUGUCAUGGUUUACUCAAAUUCUUUUUAUUGAAUCUCUUGAAUUGCAUCACAUUUUAUACGCAUUGUAGGAAUAUUCUUCAAAAUCUUUCCUUUCUGUGCUUUAUAGAGGAAAGACAAUAUGGGUUUGGAGCAACGUAAGUGUGAGUUAAUGAAGAAUUGAACAACCUCUUCAAUAAUAAUGCUGAACUAUCAAUAAUGUGGCCGUUUGAAUCCCAUUUAGAUCAUCAUUCUUAACGUUUAUGUUUAAAUGUAAAUUUGCCUAACAAGUCCUAAAAAUACCUAAACUUGAUCAGAUCAUUUGAAUGUGCUGCUCUACUUAAAUGUUCAGUAGGCAUCCAUAUUGUAAACUGAAAAAAGGCCACUUGUCAUUCCAUAUUGUUAUGCUGUGCCAAACUAUACUGUAUAUUCAAUGACGGAAGGAAUUACAUUUUUUGCUCAAAUGCUUUCGAAAAGACAUGCUUUAGCCACUUUUACAAUGCUGUAACAGAAAAACACUGACUUGCAUUUGCAAUGCACGACAACGUACCUGCAGUCAACAACGGUACUGCGCAGUCACAGGUCAAGAAAUGGAUGCCUAUGUUGUGGUUAGGUUAACAUAGUGAAGCUACAGUUUGCUAUGCCGCAGGUUUAUUGAAUGAUGGAUGUGUAACUAAUAAAGAGAUGGAAAAUUUCAUUUGGAAACAUCCACGCAUGAUCUUCAAGGGUUUUAUCAAGCAGAACUGUUCUAGGAUUGCCAACUCUUUCUCUCUCUCUCUCGAUAUAUAUAUAUGUGCACCCAUAUAUUUUUGUAAGAAUUUGUAAGUGUGUUGUUUUUUUCAAACCCUUAUUAUGUAAAUCACUGUUUCGUUAUCAAACUUUAAUUUGGAUUUCUAAGGAGACGUCCAAAGGGCUGUUUAUCUUACUGAUGUCUGCUUUUAUGAAAAUUUGAUUUGGUCUUUCCUCACAGAUGUUUGUAAAGAGAUACAAACUAACAAAAUAGGAACUGUUUGAGAGUGUGGGCGUCUGUGAAACUUUUUUCCUCAUUCAGACAGCCAUGUUUUGACUUGACAGACCCAUAAGCCUUUUAAUCUCGUACUGUUAUACGGAUUGAAACGGACCACUGCAAUACUGAAUGUUUCGAGAAUGGCGUUUCCGCUUCAUUUUGGCGAUUUUCAGUUUGUGAAACUGAACACUGUUAGAACUUUUAAGUCGGUUGACAAGCCCAGAAAAAAAUCAUUCUUUAACUUGUUUUAAAUUGUGUGGGAUUUACAAAGCGGCCAGAACAAAAGUGUUGGAUUGUGUUGUUCAGUAUUAUUACAUUUUGAAUCCAGGGAAAGACUCAAUACAUUUUUUUUGUUGAAUAUUGUUCGGGUCAUUAAAAGAUAUUGAAUUCUGCAUGAAAAAGAAAACUAGUUUUAGGAAUAUAAAGACUUUUUUUGCAUUGUGGCUUACUCAUGACAAUUAAGCACAUUGACACCACUUCCUAUUCUUGCUUUCUUUCAGUAACAAUUUUCCCAUCAAUAAUAGUAUAAUUAUGUUUAAGUUUCUAUACACUUUAGAAGUGUUUCUUUGACUUCUUUCAUAAUAUGUUUUCAAAAAUAUAGUAAUUGGAAUCACCACUAAGAACAAUAAUAAUAAAUAAUAUUUAAUACAAUUCUACAAUAUAUAAUAAUUUAACACAAUUAAUACAAUUGUACAAAAAUAAAAAUUAAUAAAAUGUCUGGAACCUGAA